AUGUCUGAGGCCGACAGGUCGGAGGGCGUCAAGAUACCGCCUGCGCCGGCCCGGUUCUCCGCCCACGUGAACACCGACCGGAUAACCACGUUUGAUCGUUUGAUCACUCUGCAAGCCACCAUCACCAGCCUUGACCAGCAAGCCUAUCAUCAGCCCGUGGCGUCGAAGUGCAUAGUGGCAUCUCUAUCGACGGCGCACAUGUGCGAAUUGAUGCUGGCAUAA